AUCCCCCGGUAAAGUUCGCGUUCCAGGGGGUAAAAUACAUUUUUUUUUUUUUUUUGGUGGGGUCCCCCUGGUAAAACUCGCAUUCCAGGGUUAAAUAUCACGUCAUUGGUGUCGCUUCUACCCUCGAACAUUAAACACAGCCCGUGGCAACAGUGUAAUGGUUUUCGCGGACUUGGCAACACUGAUGUGUCGGCCGCUUGGGGUAAACAUUCCGUUUCUAUGGCAACUGUGGAACUUCAACGAGACUAGCCGUUUGAUUACGUCAUAGAACAGGCUGCUUAUAAAGAGCUGCGCGCUCGCAGAAGUUCUGAAGUUCAGUGAUAAUCCGAGCCGAGGCGAAGAGUCACCGAGCAAAGAAUCUAAGCGAAGUCUACGAAUACUGAGUACAGUCCAGACUACAGAUGGUCCAUAUUUAGUGUUUAGGAAAACAUACAGUUUAUACACACUGUCUGUAGUCUCACUCACAGUGUGUGUCAGAUACAGUUUGACAACAAUAUCUAACAGCUACUAAAUAGAGUACAUCAGAAAUCAUGUCCACAGACUCCACACAAAAGAGAGAUGUGCAGCUGAAGGCUGAUAUCAGCAGCACUGUCUCAGAGAAUGGAAAUGAUCAGAGUGGCAUGAAUAUUUCUCCUGCAACCAAUGAGAAGACCAGAUCAACAGUGAGGAAGAGCAACAAAACCUCUGCAUUCCUCCGAAGAACAUGGAAGGCUGUAAAAAAAUCCUUUCAGAAAAACAGAGUGGAUCCCUUUGGAGUCUCAGCACAGCCUGAUCCAGAGCCAUCGUGUGUCCCAGAUCCUGAAGCAGAAGAUACAGUGGACCUGGUUGAUGAAGAACAAUUGUGUGCUGAAGGCCAAAGUGGUGCUAAACUUCAAGUGACAGCAGAAACUCCCAAAACUCAAGUGACAACAGACUCCACACAAAAGAGAGAUGUGCAGCUGAAGGCUGAUAUUAGCAGCACUGUCUCAGAGAAUGGAAAUGAUCAGCGUGGCAUGAAUAAUGAAAAGACCAAAUCAAAAGUGAUGAAGAGCAACAAAAUCUGUGCAUUCUUUCAAACAAGAUGGAAGUGUGUGAAAAAAUCCUUCCAGAAAAGCAGAGUGGAGCCUAUUGAGAUCCCAGCACAGCCUGAUCCAGAGCCAUCGUGUGUCCCAGAUCCUGAAGCAGAAGCUGGAGUAGAUCUAGUUGAUUCACAUCGUGUCCCAGAUCCUGAAGCAGAAGCUGGAGUAGAGCUGGUUGAUGCACAUCAGUUGUGUGUCGCAGGUCCAAAUGGUCCUGAACCUCAAGUGAAAACAGAAACUCAAGUGACAACAGAGUUGCCAAUGUUACAUAAUGUCCUUCUAAACAUUUUCCAACUGGAGCGUCGCAUGUGCAAAUGUAGAGUUAUGUGGACACCUAUCACUGAGGUCUGGCCCAGUGUCUUCAUGGGAAAUGAGGAGACAGCAAUGGACCGAGUCAAACUGAAGGAGAUGGGUAUUACUCACAUCCUGAACACUGCGGCAUACAAGGAAUAUCCAGAAGGAAAGAUCGAUACAAAAGCGGAAUAUUACCAAGAAAUGAACAUCUCUUACUACGGCGUGCUUGUAACGGAUGAACACAGGUUUGACAUCAGCAAGGACUUAUUCCCAGCUUCAGAAUUCAUCCACAAGGUCCUGAGUAACACAGAAAAUAAGUUGUUAGUGCACUGCAUAGAUGGUGUCAGCCGCUCUGCCACAUUUUUUCUGGCGUACCUGAUGAUCCACCAUGAAAUGUUGUUGGAGGAUGCCAUCGACCACGUCAUAGACAAGAGAUGGAUCAGGCCAAACAGGGACUUCUUGAAGCAGCUGAUAACCCUCAAUUCAAACCUCGUAACACAGGGGAAACUACAGCUAAGAAAACCCAUAAACACAGAUAAAACAAAAAACGGAGAGGACGCAGUUGCGCCCCCUGUUCCAGAACCAUUGUGUGAGCCAGGUCCGAGCAAACCUAAACCAGAACCUCAAGUGACAAAAGAGCUUUCAGUAUUAGAAAGUCAUGUCUCUCUAAGUGUCCUUCAACUCCAGGAUCGCGUGGAUGAAUAUACACUGUACUGCACACCUGUCACUGAGGUCUGGCCCAAUGUCUUCAUUGGAAAUGAAGAGACGGCAAGAAACCGAGCCAAACUGAAAGGGAUGGGGAUUACUCACAUCCUGAAUGCUGCGGCAGUGGAGAAGAGCUUGAAGGUCUUGUCUGAAUUUCCAAGCAAGAAAAGCCUAAAAGGAAAGGUCAAUACAGGAGAGGCAUAUUACCAAGGCAGGAGCAUCAAUUACUAUGAUGUUCCUGCAGAAGACAAAUGCUCAUUUAACAUCAGCGAGUACUUCUUCCCAGCCGCACAGUUCAUCCACCAGGCCCUGAGUAACCCAGAGAAUAAGGUGUUGGUGCACUGCAAAAAGGGUCUCAGCCGCUCUGCCACACUUGUUCUGGCAUAUCUGAUGAUUUACCAUGACAUGAUGGUGGAGGAUGCCAUUGACCAUGUCAUGGAGGCGAGAGACAUCAGGCCCAACAUAGGCUUCUUGAAGCAACUGACAAUCCUCAAUUCAAACCUCAAAAGUCAGCGGAUACUACAGUUAAAAAAACAGAUCAAAGUUGAAAAAGAAAUGGAUUAA